AUCUCUCGAUUCUCUCUCUUUACAUAAUUUAAAUCACAAAUGAAUAAAAUCAACACAAUGCAAUUUUAUUAGUGCAUUUCCUUUAAAUGAAAUAUUUUAUAAUCAAAACAUUAUUCCACAUCUGAUUUUUUCGCGCUUAUGAGGAACGCCGGCGGCGAGAUCGUGGCGGUGGACGGCGGCUACAUCGUCCGCUCCACCGGCAAAAAGGACCGCCACAGCAAGGUCUCCACCGCCAAGGGCCCCCGCGACCGCCGCGUCCGCCUCGCCGCCCACACCGCCAUCCAAUUCUACGACGUCCAGGACCGCCUCGGCUACGACCGCCCCAGCAAGGCCGUCGAUUGGCUCCUCCGCCACGCCAAAUCCGCCAUCGACGACCUCGCUCAGCUCCCCCCCUGGCACCCCGCCCCCUCCGCCGCCGCCGACAAUUCCAAUUCCGCCUUCCCUCCGCCCUCUCUCGACCUCUCCGCCGCCGAUUCCGCCUCCAAUUCGAGUUUCCCGCCGCCGGAAAGCGGAUCCGCCGCGAUGCGGCUGUUUCACACCUUCGCCGACUCCGAUUUGCUCCGCAGCCAGGAUCUGAGGCUCUCGCUGCAGUCGUUUCAGGAGCCGAUUCUCCUCCACCACCACCAGCCGCCGCCGCCGCAGCAGCAGCAUCCGAUCCAGAUCGGAAUCGAAGGAUGGGCGGAGCACCACCAAUUUCAGCAAAUGUUAGGUCAAAAUCAAUUUGUUUCACAGAGGGGAACCCUUCAGUCCAAUACCACACCUUCAAUUCGCGCGUGGAUGGAUCCAUCCGCCGACGAUCCGUUCGCCUCCGGCUUCUCCGGAUUCGCCACCCACGCGCGAAACGAGGACGGCUAUUCCGAUAAGCCAUCCUCCGCCUCCUCCGGCUCUCGUCACUGAUAAAGAGAUCGGGAAUUUGUGCGGAAGACGAGGAAGAAGAUCGAGAGACUCUGGUCGUCUGCGUGUAAUGUAUUGUUUCGUUUCUCGUUUGCUACUUUGUUUUUUGUAUGUUCAACUAGUGUCAUGUACUCAACUCAAUAAUUGCUUUUAAUUUGGUGUUAUGUCAUGUUGAUUGAGGUUUGAUCAA